AUGAAUGGAAAUGUUUUUCUAUCUCAUGACAAAGCAAUUAAACACAUGAAAACACACAAUUCAAAUGUUAUUUCAGUAAUUCCAUCGGAUCAAUUGCUUAUUUAUCGUGUGGAAGAAGGUUUGGAACAACUUUGCAAAAUUCUGAAUAAAUCAAUACCAAAUAUAACAUUUCCUCAUCUGAAUGAUGCACUUACUUUUAAGCAAAGUUAUAUGAACGAUGAUGAGCUUAAAGGAAUUAAAACAAAUGUAUUAAUUAAACAACAUGAACAGAAUAUAAAAAUAGCAGACGGAUAA